AUGUAUGAGUUAUUUUGCGACAUGUUUCUUUGUGUUGUUCACUAUAUAUGUAAUGUCAGGAGUAGCCGUAUCAAUUAUAUGCCUUAUAGGUACCCGAAGGAGGAUAAUAAUGAUAUUAAUGGCGCAUACUCAUAUCAAUAUCACGAUAGGAGGAGCCCAGAGGAUAAUAUACUUUACAAGCAAAAAAAUAAUAAUGACAAUGGGAUGGACUUUAACCGACGAUUAUACGAAAACAUGGAACAAGUGCUGAGAAAGCAGUCGAUAUUUAAUAUAUACCACAAUAAUGGACUCGUUGAUUACAAUAACUACGUAAAAGAACAGGUUGGUCAGGGUACAGCUACUCCGAGUGAGUAUAAGGAUUUUAAGGAAGUGGAAAAGGAAGAGAUCCGUACGGAAGAGGAGGGACAGCCAAUUGCAGGAGAAAGAAAUAAUGUCAAUAAGGAUAAAGAAAAAUUUGAUAUUUUCAAGUGGUUAGAAGACAAGGAUAAUGUGAUGGAGAAUGAUUCAGAAGAAGAAUUACAGAAAAUGUUAGAAUUGGAACGUAAAGAGCAAGAGGAAGAAAUUAACGAGCAAAAAAAGAAGGCAGAAAUAAAAGAGAAAGAAGCUGCUAAGGAUAUGGACAACAGAAAGAUUCGUUUCCUGCAAUGGGUCAAAAAAAAGUUGGGAGUACAAUAACCAUAUACCUUGUCUGAGACAAUAAAAAAUAGGUUAUACGUUAUUUUGGUCCAACAUGGGUUGCUAUCAACACCGGGUAAUGUUUUAUUUGUUGUUGACAGAAGACGAG